AUGGACAAUCCACAAAGAAGGACCGGUGAAGGGCAGAAAAUAUCAUUCAUACCCAAGUUUUCUCAAGUUUUCCUCAACCCUAUUGGAAAUCUUUGCUCUUGCUAUGAAAUGUUUGGACGAGGUGGAGAUGGAUCUAACCGACUGGUUUUAGUCUGUCUGGGUCUGCUGAACGUUGCUCUGCUGAUAGCUGCUGUUGUUAUUGGGACUUAUUGUGCCAAAGUCAAAGAGGGUUCCCUCCAGGUUUCUCACUCAGCAGCAACAGAGCUCAUCAAUAAGCUGAAUAUUCUCCGUGGCAACCACAGUGAUGUGAUCAAAGCCGAAAAGGAAACCAAGGAUGCAUUAGAGAGAGCACUCAAAAAUCAUGUACAAAUAAAGGAGAAGAUUGAGCAGCUGAAGACCAUCAAUGACAAUUAUCAGAAACAAACUGAGGCACUGCUAACACAGAAGACAAUUUUGCUGUCCAAUAUGUCAGCUUUUGAAAACUGUGGCAGGUGCCUCUCUGGAUGGGUUCCUCUCAACUCAUCCUGCUAUUUCUUUUCUUACUCUGAGUCCUCUGUUGUCAAAAAGAACUGGCCGGAUAGCAGAGCAGACUGUAUCCAUCGUGGAGCUGACCUGAUUGUGAUCGAUAGCCAGGAGGAGCAGAUAUUUGUGAGUCACACCAUUGAAUAUAUGAAAACUAGCAGUCGUUUUUGGGAAAAUGCAUUCUGGCUUGGAUUCACUGACAGAAACACAGAAGGGACAUGGCGCUGGAUUAAUAAUGUCACCGAGGUGGAACAGAGGUACUGGAUGGAUGGAGAGCCAAACGAUGAUGGACACAGGGGAGAAGACUGUGGUAUGGCAGUUUCUAGCUCUGUGAAUCCCUGGAAGACACGUAAUGAUGGCAAUUGUGAAAGGUCAAAAAUACACUGGAUAUGUGAAAUGACAUCUAGAUAGAAUCAGGAAGUUCUGCUAAAGAGCAAAAUACAAGUGGUUUUUUUUUGGGGGGGGUGGGGUGCUAUUUCUAUUUCUUUUUUUGUUUGUUUGACAAUAAAAACUGAUCUCAUGUUUCUGUAAUUCUUCAAAACAUUCAAUAAUUCUAACUGUAUCCAACUGUAGAAUAAAA